UGAGCCACCGCGCCCGGGUGAGGUGCAGAAAUAUUAAUUUGCAGAUGGACACAUAGGAAAUGGCAAGGUCAAGAAAUGAACCCAGGCAAUCUGCCCCUAAAGCUCUUCCUUUUACACUCUGCGGGCUACUCUCUGAGCCAUUCUCAGCUACAAAAGAGGGAAUUCAUCAGCUCCAGAAGCUUGGUGAAGAAAAGAAACAAGAUAGGGCAACAGCUAGAGGAGAAUUCAGGAAGUCCUGGCUGAGCAAGAUUGGAAGCCCUAGUUCUCGCAUUGACCGCACAAACUUUUCUAAUGAAAAAACCAUCUCUAAACUUGAAUACUCUAAUUUUAGUAUUAGAUACUAAUAGAAGAGAAAAAUUGUAAUGCUUAUACUGCACAAUAGAUACUAUAUGUUCUUAAGACUAUGUAUACUAGAAUAAUAGUAGUAGAGUAGGGUGAAAAAGGAACUUUCCGUUCUGAAAGCUAAGCGACUGUGUUACUAAAAAUGUCUGACACUGAAGUAAUUUUACUCAACUAUGUUUUCAACAAGCAAAAAUGUAGUAUGCUAAGAUUAAAAUGUCAUUAUAAAAUAUUUAGUAUGAACAAUUUAAACUUGUCUCAUGGAAUCUUUAAUUUCAAUGAACAUUACAGCAUAUAUGACAUAUGUUAUUUGGCGAGACAUAAAAUAAAGUUAACCAUUUAAAAAUUA